GCCGCUUCACCCUGAGUGGGCGGGGACAGUGCGGAACCAGUGCGGAUUGACUGGAGCCAUUGAUGCGCCUCUUUUCGAAGACAAGCCGACCCAAUUGCUCCGUAUCUGCGGCGUCUCCUGACUGCAGCCAUGGUGUCUCACUCUCUGGCCCUGCCGAUGAUCUGCUUCACCACGUUGUGGGCGCUGGUGGGGGUCGUGGCUCCAUUUUUAGUGCCUAAAGGACCUAACCGCGGUGUGAUCGUCACCAGCCUCAUCCUCACAGCCGUCUGCUGCUACUUGUUCUGGUUAAUAGCCAUCCUGGCCCAGGCCAACCCGCUGUUCGGUCCUCAGCUGAAGAAUGAGACCAUUUGGUAUCUGCGCUACUUCUGGGAGUGACUCAGGACUCCGUGAAGUGACGCCUCUUGACAUUCCCACCCACUGGCCUGCUGGACUUAAUUUCAAUGUUACUUCUGACUCCCAAACAUUUCCACACACCCUCACCUCUGCUUUGCAGCAUUUUAGGUUUCAUAGAAAACUUUAAUCCAGGUUUUCUAUGAAACCGACCCAAAAGGCACUAUCAGCUAUCUCUACGGACUUGGAGGAUGUUUAGACAUUACUGCAGCAUCUAGGAUCUAAGAUUUGAAGAAUAAUAUAUGAUGUGUAUUUUUAACACUAAGCAGGUAUAAUCUUUGUUUGUUCUGUGGUCAAACUGGAAUUAAAACAUGUGCUAGGAGUAGAUGUUAUUUUUACCUUUUGAAAAUGUGCAAUCUUUUAUUUGGCUCUUGUUUACAUUUGGGAUUUUGUGUUGCUGCCAUCGGGGAUCCUGCAUUUUUAUGUGUAUUUAUUUCAGGUCGAGGACACUGAUGUGAGCUUGUAGUAAUCAGUGUCCACGAGGUGUUGUUAUAUAACUGAUGUCACGUGUGAUGUAACAGUUUGUGUGUAUGUGUGUUUGAGUCGGUGUGAGCAUGCAGAGCUUGUAAGUGAGGGUUCUGACUCAAGAGUCUCCCAAAACUGCAAGUAAAGAGCAAUUCCCUCCACUUCAGCAUCAAACCUCCUCCCACAUUCUUUUCCGUGCUCCUCGCCAUGGAGGUCCACGUUGCCAUGGUGAUCUCACCUCCCAGUUCAGACCUCAUCCGCUUGGACUCUUUUGAUUAAGCAUUGCCCUUAUUUCCAGGCUGUGGAAAGAUACACAUCAGCUUGUACUGCAGGGACAGAGUGUUGUAGAAAUUCCUGCUCACAGGUCUGCACUUUUGAACCUUAACAAUGGCAUUUCUAUUUCCCUCAUUUAAGUCUUGAUUGAUUGAUUGAUUGAUUGAUUGAUUGAUUGAUUGAUUGGUGUUCCCAAAGCUAUAAAUCAGUGAGGGACAUAGACUUUGUCUCCUGGGUGUUAUUACUCUGUAUAAGUCUCUGAGUAGAUUUUAUGUAACAAUCCAAGAUUGCCUCUAUAGGUCUUAGCCCAGGAGGUAAGCAGCUCCCCCACAGCAGCUUAUCUCAACAAUAACUAAACAAACAGCAGCAGAAGGCAUCGUCUUUUUUCGUAAGUUUAGAGGCUACCAAGCUUAACUGCAGCACUCUUAUAGAGAAACACAACCACACAACUAAAACCAAUACAGCUGACACAGCAUCUGCCUAUGAUUCAUUAUUUUAAACAUAAACGGUUGUUACCGUUGCAGCACGGCUAGUCUCUGCAGGAAGCUAGAAAAGUCUGGAUUUUCCAACUUCUCACAGCCUUUGCUUCAAAAGACUGUGGAAUGUGUAUCAUUUCUGAGCCAUCUCUUUCUAAUAGGCCCCUUUCAGAUUAUAGCUUCACAAUGUCCCGCUGUAUCAGGAUGGAGUUAUUUUUGCUUUAGUGUCACAGUUUUAUUUAUUUAUUUAUUUAUUCAUGUACUUCUGCAUGUCUGGGAAUGAGAUUCCAAUGAGUGCCCCCCAAGUGGCCGAAUGGUUGCCUCCUGAAUUAAUCAGAAAGUAAGUCAAGCCGUCAGUUUCAAGCACCCGGCAUGCUGAGGUCAGUGACCCUUCAUUAGUACAGACAGCCUUGUUCUUCAUGUGAUUGUGUAUGCCACAAGGUUGAAUCCAUAGAAAGGGGAUGCCAGAGAGUUAUUCUGCUGUGGUGUCAUGUCUUCCUACACACCAGUGAAAUGAAAUGCAAGUAAGCAAGUGUGGCAGAGUGACUGUCUGUCUCCUUCAGUAGUCUCCUGAGCAGCUCUACCUGUGAGACCUUCCAAACAGGCUUCAAACAGCUGUCCUUGCUCUUCAUUUUAACUCCAUUCAUCCGUUCCUCUGACAUUAUACAGGUGCGGGGUAUAUUUCUUUUAUACACCUGCCUCCUGUUAAAGCUUUAAGAGUGUCAUCUGCCAACCACGAUCACAGCUACCCUUCCCGCCUCCACUCCCUGUCUCCCAGUCUCAAACACCCCCCCCCCCCCCCCCUCCUCGCUGCCACGUCCUUCCCCGUCCGCCUCUCCAAAACCACUUUGCUUCAGCCAAAAAGAAACCAAAUCAAAAUACAGCUACUUUUUAGAAAGACCAAAUUGCGUUGUAUCUUUGCCCCAGCCCUUUGCUGUAGCUGUGGUGGUGGUUUGCACGCAUACAAGUUAAUAGGUAACAAUGUGAUCUACACAAGUAAGGACAUUAGGGAAGCUGCCCUCCUUUUCCUGUAAAGACCUCUUUGUCACUCUUUGGCUUUGCUUUGGCAGAUCUUGCAACGAUGAGUCUCAGCUGUCAGGACUGGGUUUUGGACAGCAUGCAGAGUUAGAGAUGUUGGAAGUGACAAAAGGUGGCUCUGACUUCAUGUUGUGUGGGCUUUAUUUGUCUUCUUGGGAUUACAGUCCCAAUCCCACUCGUCACCCAGCACGCUGCGGUUUCUUACAGACGGACAGAGUCACAUUCUGAGUGUCAGUGAAUCACAGGAGACCAAAUGGCAUCAUUCUCACCCAGGCAAACAUGGCGAAAUGAGAGAGGGAACAGCCAAGACUUCAGCAGAAUCCCUCCAAACACGCUGACAGUCAACGCACCCUAAUGAUUUGUCAACUAUGUGAGAUUUUUAAUUUUUAAAAAUUUCCUUUUCCAAUGCUUCCCUCCAGUUUUGGUGAUGACUGCCCACUACUCAGCUGUUAAAUGCUCCUGGCAGUAUCAAAAGAGAUAGAUCUUAUCAUGUGUUGGGAGUCUCCAUGGUAACUAGAAUCCAAUAAAUCACAAAUCUAAAUGUUAAAAGAAAAAAUGGGAGAUGUAUGAUAUGUAUGCAACCUUAUAUUAUUGUGAAGGUAGUGGUGGCAUUGUUGGUGAAAUACCCCAAUAAAGAAUUUUGUCUCGUACAA